AUGCCAAAUGCAGAGAAGUUGUUUCUAUGGAAGGCCUGCAACGACAUCUUACCAACAAAGCUGAAUCUUUUUAGAAAGAAAGUUGUUGAAGACCUAGACUGUCCAAUUUGCUUACACCAAGUCAAAAUCAUUGAACAUGCCUUAUGGGAAUGUGAAUCUGUGGAAUAUGUGUGGGGCUUGUGCUCCAUGAAGCUGCAGAAAAGAAACAUCAAUAACCAAACCUUUAGAGACCUAUUUCUCAGUUUACUGGAUGAGGCAGAGGACGAAGUUUCAAUUGAGAUGGCUGUGGUGGCAUGGAGAUUGUGGAAAAGAAGAAAUGAGGUGACUUUCCAAAAAGAAUUCACUAGUCCCACAACCAUUUUGAAGCAAGCCAACCAAAAGCUGCAGGAUAUAAGGUUGUUGCACCAUAAACCACCAGUAACACUAGAAAUUCAGAGAGGUGCUGCAGUGUAUUCAGAACAAUGGCAAACCCCUCCCAAUGAUUUUUAUAAAAUCAACUGGGAUGCUGCAAUUGAUCACAAGCGAUGCAGGGUGGGGAUUGGCACCAUUAUCAGGAACUAG